ACUGUGUGAACGCUGUGCAACCCGACUCCUGAGUCUCACGGAAGACGGGCAGAAACCGAGCUGCAAGUUUGCGCACGGAGAUCUGAGACUCGAGCUUCUUGUUAGUUUGUUACUUAGGAGUCGAGAGGGGGGUUGAAGAGGGAGGAACAAAACGCAAGACCUUCCUGUGCAGGGUGGGACGAAACCCCGACGCAGCGGAAUGCGCCAGUUGGCGUAACUUUGUUUCCAGUUUGCGCCGUUCGGAUAUUGACACUUUGACGUCAUAAGUAUUGAGGACUUCCUAUCGAGCCUACAGAGGUCGGUGAUUGUGACCCGGUUGUGGGGCUGUAAUAGGGUAAUAGGGUGCAGUGUGCCAGUUGUGUUGGAGUGUGUGCGUGUGUGUGCGUGUGCGCGUGCAUGCGGGUUUCUGCGUCACUUCUGCAGCCCUGUCACCCGAACCCCCGAGCCAUGAAGGCGACGUUUGCACGACUCUGGCCUGAGGGAUGACGAAGCGAUCGGCUGUUUACAGAAUAACUCGUUUGGAGAAGAGGAGAACAGGCGAGGGAGGAAGUGUAAUUCAUGUUCCCACUUCUGCGUUGCGCCUACACGCUGAGGCGCUCUGACGAAAGCAGUCAGACUUGAAGAGCGGUGUUUUUUCUAUUUUUUUUCGGUUGGUGCGUGCUGAUGAUAAUUUUCGACCCGCCCUUUUGUGCUUUUGCAAUCUCACCAUGAGCCUCUCUCCUCACCAGAGAGGGAAUGUUAGUAAUCUGAGCAAGCAGAACAUUGAAGGCAUCGAGGAACUUGCAUCGCAGCAUUCGGGCGAGGUCUUCUACGAUACCGGGGGAGCACCGUUGGAGCAAACGAACAGUGCUACGGGAAGGACGGACCCUGGGUUUGAUCCCCAGAGCGCAGCUCUUUUUAAACCUGAAAAGGGCUAUCAAGUCUGGGGCCAUUUUCAGCAAUCAGGUCUAAUGAAAUGGGCACCUCAAGAACCUGUGCAGUCCUCCACUUGGUUUCCAGGCCUACCAAAUUCAACUAAGCUUCCCCAAAACUUUGGACCUUCUCUGAGUGGAAUGGAGGAUGGACGAGGACACCAAGCUUUACCGAAGACCAAUCACGACAUGGACAGCGUGCAGCAAGAGAAAAUGCCUGCAGGUUCCUCAGUGUCUUACUCCGAACCAGCCCAAGCUAUAGCACCAGGCAUGGAAUGGGACUCUCCUGCCAUGGCAGCCAUGCAUCAUUCCCAGUUCCAGGGUCACAAAGUAGGAGAACCUCAGUACCAACCUCACACCAUGCGUCACUCCAUGCCUGACACGUCUCUCCAACCCUUUCAGGUAGCGUUCGGACCUAACAAGCAACUUCAGACCUCAGGUUUCUUUCAGGGUUUCCAAGGAAAUAGCGCACCACAGAACCUUGGUUACAGCGAACCACCAAAAACUCAACAGCAGCAACUUUUGCAGCUGCAACAGCAGCAAAUUCAGCAGAUACGUCAACAGCAGCAGCAACAACAACAACAACAACAACAGCAACAACAACAACAACAACAACAACGACUGCUCCAAAUUCAACAGCAGUACCACCAUCAGCAGAAAAUGCAGGAACAGUUGCAGCAGAUGCAACACCAGCAGCAACUGCCAGAACUGCACCAGCUGCAGAACAUGCUGCCUCCAGAACCUUGUCCAUCUCAACCACUUCAGCAAAACCAGCAACUGUCCAGACCACCACAGCAACCAGAAAACAGUCAGGGCAAAGCAGAUUCUUGUACGUUGCCUCAUCAAAGACAGGAUCCAAAUCUCCAACCGUCCACAAACAAAGCUCCAGAUCUCGGACUUCGGGAACCCGAAGACAAACCCGAGGCUCUCCCUCGGCGCUCCAGAAGGCUCUCGAAGGACGGACUCUCUCCUCCGGCGAAGGAACCGGCCCGUAAUGGAGGUGUCCCGGGUGUCACGGGGGCUUUUGUCGGGGUUAUCCAUACCACACAGAGAAGGAGAAGGACAUCUAAAGAGAUCAACCUGGAAACUCUGGCGCAGAAGGCUUCAGAGAUGGAGUUUUUGCCUGCAAAGCGUGACGAGAGCACAUCAAACAGACAGACAGGGAUGCCUCCGCUAGUUAUGCCCGUGUCCGUACCCGUUCGGAGGAUUCAGGUCCAGGUCGAGCAGACGGGCGGAUGGACGCGGGAGCAGAGGCUUCCCCCGGAGAGUACGCAGCAGUCGGAGCACAAGCCCUCCGUUAUCGUGAAGCGUCGCCGAUCGUUAAGGACCUGUGACGGUUUCGACCAGGAGGAGGCGAUGGAGGACGAAAGGUCCCCGGACAAGAUCAAGCGCCGCCCGAGACCCGAGCCCCUGGUCAUCCCUCCUCCCAGACCGUGCACAUUUAUCGCCCCAUCUGUCUACUCCAGCAUCUCACCCUUCCAGAGCCACCUGCGGUCCCCAAUACGCAUACUGGACAACCCUCUGACUCUGCCACCCUACACGCCUCCACCCAUCCUGUCACCAGUACGCGAGGGCUCGGGUCUUUACUUCUCCACCUUCCUCUCCAACAUAGCAGCAGGAAAUCAGGGCUUGCCUCCGCUGUCAACCCCCAAGACCACCUCCAGAAGUCUUCUGCGCUCAAGCAGUUCUGACAUCACUCCUCCCAUGCCCCCUCUGAUCGGAGAGGCCACGCCCGUCUGCUUGGAACCGCGAAUAAACAUCGGCACUCAUCACCAGGCAGAGAUUCCUGAGCUCCAGAAACAUUUACUGGUCAAUCAGGAUCAGCACAAAGCUACUCUGGUGUAUCUCCCGCUGCCACAGGUGGAAUCUUCACCCCCCCAGGAUGACACAGUGGACAAUCUGAUGAACCUGGCCUGCUCCAGCGUCCUGUGUGGUGGAGGAACCAACGUGGAGCUCAUGCACCACUGUCUUCAUGAGAAUGGAGGUGAUGUUAUGAAAACUCUUGAAAUGCUGUUGCUGAGGAAACCGAUUUUCACCAAGGACCACCACCUUGCUAACUACCACUACGCAGGGUCCGACUGCUGGACUGUGGACGAAAAGCGCUACUUCAAUAAAGGGAUCUCUGCCUACAGGAAGGACUUCUUUUUAGUGCAAAAAGUGGUGCAGAGUAAAACCCUGGCGCAGUGCGUGGAGUUUUAUUACACCUAUAAGAAACAGGUGAAGGUGGGACGCAGCGGAACGCUGGUCUACGGCCCUCCGGAUCCAGAAGAGCCCAUCCCUGAGAUCCCGCAGAUCAAACAGGAGCAGCCGGAAGCAGGAGAGGAGAGCAAACACAAGGCGGAGCAAAAGGACAAAGGCGCUGAUCUUCUCCCCAACGUGACGAAGACUCUUCAGGAGGGGAAAGUGUUGGUGUUGGGCAACCCGAAGGUGGUUUUAUUGGACCAUGUAACGGCGCUGAGGCAGGAAACACAGACUCCUCAAUUCUUUGCUCCGAAACCUCGUGAGACUGCAGUGAGGAGAAGCACACCAUCAAAUGCCCCUAAGAGUCAGGGGGAGCCCGAGGGCAUAUUUCCAUGCAAGAAAUGCAGCAGGGUGUUCUACAAAGUGAAGAGCCGGAGCGCUCACAUGAAAAGCCACGCCGAGCAGGAGAAGAAAGCAGCGGCUCAGCACCAGAGGGAGGAAGAGGAGCGUCUGGCGGCGAUGGCCAGGCUGAGGGCUGCGAAGCACGAGACGUAUGAAGAGGACAGUGAAGCUGAAGAGUACACGAUCAAGCCGGAGAAGAAGAGAGACGAUGACUGGCGAUAAGAUCAUUAUUAUUUUAUUUUUUCCUAUCACUUAUUUAGCCAAACAUAUUCCAAAUCCGACGGACACGCUAUAUGAACCCGACGCUAUGACGUGAGUUAUUUGGUAUGAUGUCGCCACACAUGUUAUACGUGCUUUAACCGCGUAAUAUCAGUAAACCAGUUCCAUGCGGAGCUUAAAAACACGGACUACACGACCCCCAGUCACCGUUGGAUCGGUUUCCUUCAAUAGAGCAGGUUUUAAAGCACAUUUUGUAAUAAGGCAAUUUUUUUCUACAAAUGCCAGAUUUCUAUAAUUGCAUAUAUUUUGCCAAAUAAUGUUUGUUUUUGGGUUUUUUAGUGUAAUUGUUCAACAUUGAUAUAAAGGACUGUUCAUGAUUAUUCAGGUUUAAAGAUGAGAAAUUCGAAAUCAAGGGAAUUGUAUUUUGUACAAUUGUAUUGUAUCAUCAGCUCAAGGAUACACUAUUAUUUUGAUCUUUAUUCAACACGGGCGGUUUUUCCAAUCAUGUAUUAUGUCUAUGAAAAGUAUAAAUUGUAGAAAAUAUAUAUAUCGACUUCGGUGUGCCUUUUGUUUCAGGAGGAAAGUGUCGCUUUAACUUUUUCCCUGAGGUCAUAUGAUCUUUUCCGCUAUACUGAAGUGAUUCGUAGACUAAACGAAAAGGACGUCUUCCUACAGCCGAACAUCCACCAAGAUUCUCAGUGUCUGACUGUUAACUACAUAAACACAACCUAAGCCUUAUGUCUGGAGGAACGUUUUCAGAAAAAGUGUCUGCCCUCUUCUACAUACACUGUUCCACUGAUUCAAACUUGAUUGAGGGCUGAAAAGAAAUGUUGCAUUAUAUAAAAACUGUAUUAAAAUUAAAGUUACUAUGGUUUCUCUCAUUUAUGAUGUAAUAAUAUAAAAUAAAAUAAAAGGAAACCCUCUGUAAUCAGCGUCACAAUGGGAGCUGGAAGGUCAUGGGUUCAGGCACCAGGAUCGCAAAUCUGCCACUGUUGGGCCCUUGAGCAAGGCCCCUAACCCGCCGCUCUUUAGGGGCCCUGUAUCAUGGCUGACUCUGCACUCCAGCUUCCUAAUAUCACUCAGAUAUGUGCCAAAGUUUAAGUGUACUGUACAAAUGACUAUUAAAAAGCCCCUUUAUCUCUCA